AGAUUGUUAUUCAGGCGUUAUGCUAAUAACAACGCAACGAGCCAAGGAAACCGUUACGAAGCUUCGCACGAAUCUAUCAAUCUGACCUACGAUGCGUGUAGUUCAGGCUCCGAAUCUCCGAUUCGGUUGUCCGGCUCGUUCCGAACAAUUUGCCAGGCCGAUCGGUCCGGAGACAUUGUUGCUCGGCCGAGUUUGUCGAAUACUGAUUCAGGCGCGCUUCGAAUCCUAUCGAGCACAAACAGACUUCGUGGGCUUUACAUUCUCAAAUUAUCCAGCGCGGUAAAAGAGGUUUUUCUCUGCAGAGACUCGGCGGUUGCGCAAGAAUGGCCGACGCCACUCGACGAGUCCGCGGACGAGAAAAACGACGCCGAAAUCUUUCGAGCGGUCGUCGAGUCGAUGAGACAGUGGACGUUGCAUAAGCAGUUGCAGCACAGAACCAAGAGAGAAGUUUCCAAGGUUUGCUACGAAGAUGUCGGCUGCUUCGAAGACACGGGACCGUUCAGCUACCUGGAAAUGCUCCCGUCACCACCCAAAGAAGUUGGCACUAGAUUUCUAGUGUACGGCAGCAGAAAGGCGAGAUCGAUCCCGAUGGAAGUUGCUGCUGAUGAUAUAAACGAUAACGCACACCGUGCCAUAGAUCCCGAUCUACCCACCAAAGUGAUUGUACACGGGUUCGGAUCCAGCUGCGAUCACGUCUGGGUUUACGAAAUGAGAUCCGCCCUAAUGACCGUGCACGAAUGUAAUAUAGUAUGUGUCGACUGGGGUCCAGGAAGCGCAGUUCCUAACUACGUAAGGGCGGCUGCCAAUACUCGUCUGGUUGGGCGACAAUUAGCCAAGCUGGUUCGAAGUUUGAACGUACCUUUGGAGAAGGUUCACUUGAUCGGUUUCAGCCUGGGUGCCCACGUGGCUGGAUUUGCCGGUGCUGAACUAGGCAAUGUCUCCAGAAUCACAGGACUAGAUCCUGCAGGACCACUGUUCGAGUCCCAGGAUCCAAGAGUCCGACUCGACAAAACAGAUGCCAACUUCGUCGACGUGAUUCAUAGCAAUGGUGAACAACUGUUGCUCGGUGGUUUGGGAUCCUGGCAGCCUAUGGGUGAUGUCGAUUUCUAUCCUAAUGGUGGUAGAAUGCAAACAGCAAGCGCUGUCGAGGGUAGAUCCCUGUGCAACCAUCGAAGAGCCUACAAGCUGUUCACCGAUUCUGUCAGCCCAAAGUGCCGAUUCCCGGCGUUUCCGUGCGAUAACGGUUACGAUGGUCUUCUCCGUGGCGAGUGUUUCCCCUGUGACGUGAACGGUAUGGGCAAACCCUGCGGCGAUAUGGGUUAUUACAGCGACGAGUCACCGGCCAGGGGGCAGCUUUACUUGGUGACGAGAGACGAAGAACCUUUCUGCGCCCAUCAAUACCAAGUGAAGGUGUACAACAGCCGCAGUGAAAGACCUGCAAGGAGUUACGGCAAGUUACAAGUGACUCUGAUCGGAGAAGGAUCUUUCAACGACACGUUCGCGAUGACGCGAAAGGACGAGGAGCUUCUGGUUGGCUCGAUUCUCCAGAAAAUUGUUGUCCCGCACCCGGCGAUUUCGACCGUGGAAGCUAUCGAGAUCAAAUAUACGGCGUACAGCGGUUGGAUCUCCUCGGGCUUGGUGUCUUGGGGCAUUGACAAAGUGGCGAUCGUCGACAGCUUUGGGAAAACACUCUCCGUCUGCAAGAAAGGAUUGAGCUUAGAAUCUGGGAAGCCAGUGUUCCUCCCUCUAUUCGCGGGGGAAUGCAACGUCCCCGCGGAAUCGGACAACUCGACGUCCCCGGCGAUGGAACGUCUGAUGGAAGAGAAACAAGGCGGCAUCGGCCCGUUCACCAAGGAACAGAACUACGAGAUGAAAGACGAUAGAACGGAAACAAUCUCGAAGGAGAGGACCGCGUCACUGUCCACGUCGAAAGGUUUGGGUCCAUUCACCAAAGAACAAAACGUGCGAAUGGUCGAACGAAAAGAGGCGAGCAACUUCGAGGAAACGAGCAGUCGCGGCAGCGGUUCCAACAAUCCUUGGAACAUCGUCGACAUAUCUAGCGACGGGGAUUCGAACUCUUUGGAAAAUUCAGACUCCGAGAGGGGUAGAGGAUUCUCCGGUAUCAAUUUCUUUGCAGCUGGAAGCUCUUCCGCGGACCCUUCGGUGGAACCAACAACCGAAUUCCUCCCGGAAAUUCGCGAGCCCGUGCUGCAAGUGGACAAGAAGGAAACAGGAAGAUCUUUGAAAUUCCCGGAGAUCACGGAGCCGAUUUUGAAGCCGCGUUCGGCAAGGCAGAAUACCAGGAACGAGGUUCACGGCCGUGAGAAACAAAAGGAGGAGAUACAGGAAACGUCCUCUACGUCCAGAGCGUUCACGGUUCAGUUCCUACCGGAGAGGUUGGCUGGGAUCCUGGCACAGGCCGAGAGGUACGCCAGGCAAACGCUCCUUCCUUUGAUUUCGCAGUAUACGCCCAGCUUCGUCACUGGGACGCGGUUCGAGGAACCGAAAUACUUUCCACCCUUGGGCGCGAUCGCCUCGAAGAAUCGAGAGACCAAUGAAUCGGCGAACAACGAUCACCAACGUCAACGAAGUGACGACCGAGUUGGUAACACUGAAUCUUUCAUGGAGGAGAAAACGAAGAAUUCUUCCAACGCUACGUCGAUGGAGGCGAAUUAUCAGGAAAGAGAUCUUAAUUCAACGAGAAUCGACGAGAGCAACGAGUGGACACCCAUGGAAUACUCUACCGUGUCUAGGAAAGAUUUUAACGCGUCCAGGUCUCUUGGGAAUUGGGAACACGAAAAAUACGACUGGUCGAUGCAAACAACGUUAGAAAACAGUAGCUCGGAAAUGGACGAUUGGGUGCCUAUUACGGUUAAAAGCGAAAUCGAAAUGUCCGAGACUUCGAACAACGUAUCUAAUGAGAUCAGUUUCACUCACGCGGUUACCGACAAGCAGAUCGAAGCUGUUCAAACAUCUGGACAGGAAGCUGUGACGAUGAGAAACACUAGGAAUAAUACGGACGAGGAAAGGGGAAAAGACGAGAGGAAGUACAUACCAUUGAUCAAUCCGAGUACCGAAGAAUUAUCGUCGACGAGCACGAAUGAUAUCUCAGGGACUGGCUCGAGUUCCUCCACGUAUUCGCCGUACUCUCACAUUCAAAAAAUACCUAGACCGAUCAAGACGAGGAGCGACAGAGCUGGAAGAAGUUCGACGAGGAGAAGUAUGGUCUUCCCAUACGCGUACGAGAAGAAAAAGGAUCCAAGGACUAGGUAUAUACCUUUGAUACCGGAGGAAGAUAUGGGAAGGCCCCACUUUUCGUUCGAGAGAGAACGCUGAACCAGUUGAAACGAGAAAAAUUUAUUGGAACUUAUAUAUAUAUAUAUAUAUA